AAUAUCAUCAUAAUCAAUUGCCGAGGUUCUGGACAAAAACAAAAGAACACGAGGUGAUCUAAGACAAACAGGCGGCAUUAUCCGUUUGGACUAGACCACAACCAGACAAGAGCCAUUCCGUAUUCAAUUACAUACAACAAUUCCGGAAUAACGCGACAAAGUUUUUCCUCUGCCCAUCCUUGGAUUCUUCGCGUCGCUCCCUGUCGAUCUCCACACGUCAACUCCACACUAACAUGGAGGAUAACAGCACGCAUACAGGUCAAUAUCGCUCGGCCUGCGCUGAGUGUCAUCGCAGGAAGCAAAAGUGCAAUCGAGAAUGGCCUUGCAACCAUUGUCAGAAGCGCAAGGUCGCAGAUAAAUGCCGCUUCAUCACGGCGAAUACUGCGAGCUCGCCGUCUGAUGGGCUUACGCCGAAUAGCGAUAAGAAGCGCUCGCGUAGUGGUGAGGAUGACGUUGAACCCGACGACUCCGAGCCUGAUGAGGAUGAUGAUGACGUUGGGCUGGGAGCGAUGGGUUAUGCCGCUGGCCCCCUCUUUGAAUCUCUGACUAUCGAUGCAAAGAAGGACAAGAAGCCUUUGGGCGAACUGACCUUGCUUCAUCCAAGUACCUGUCCUCAGCUCAAGCAUGCCAUCGGUGUCUUGCCUGGCCGCCCUCAGAUGGAUGCCCUUGUUCAGAGCUUUUUCAACAACAUGAACUAUCACUACUACAUCAUCUAUCCACCAACUUUCCUCCAGGAAUAUCAACAAUGGUGGGAGCGAAGGAAUCGCAAUCAGUCGCUCUCACUCCAAUGGACCAUCCUACUCGUCAUGGUCUGCGCAUGUGCCACGCAGCAUCUAGAUGUUGAGAUAAAGCCCAUUGUCGAGGUCGAGCUCUCCGAGCCCGCCGAGAAGCUAACAGUAGAAUACCAUAAAGCCGCUACGGAACUCGGAAGAGUGAUUCCGGUUGGCCAUUGCCAUCUGCUCAAUAUUCAAUGGAUGCUUCACUCAAUCUACUGGUACAAGUCGGAAGCAAAGUUCGUUGAAGCGUGGCAUGUUAUCGGCGCUGCUGUUCGAGAGGCGCAUGAAUUAGGUCUUCAUCGAACUGCUAUUGCUGAAGGGCUAUCUGAAUUUGAACGCGAGAUGCGACGAAGAGUAUGGUGUAUCUUAGAUUGUUGGGAUUGGCAAUUUGCUUCUGGUUUAGGUCGUCCGACGAUCAUUGACCACAGUGAUAUCAACGUCGAGCCACCAAGUCUGACUCUAGAAGAUUUCUCUCCCUCACCACUUCUGCAUAUGAAACUUCAGUCAGAGCUGGUGACUCAACUUGCCCAGCGAUGGGGUGCUCCUAAGAACAUCACUUCAGCAGCCGAUAUCCAGGAAUACAAAUCCAUGCUCGAGGACUGGAUCCGACGUUUCCCUGCAGUUUAUGAUGUCGACAACCCUGACACGUCGAAGGAUUAUAAAUUUCCAUGGAUUGUUUACCAUCGCUUUUAUAUCCAUACGAUGGCAUACCUUAUGAUUCUCAACCCCAUGCGAGCGUUCAUGGCGCAAGUUUAUACGAAGAACUCACCUGCGGAUUUACUAGCAGUUCGAGAAGAUGCAGUCUUCUAUUCCCUCAAGAAUUUGGACACGACUACUCGAUGGGCCGAUCAUGCUUCUCAUCGAGAUGCAAGGUUUCACUUCAUCAUCUUCUCACUCUUCGAUACAGCCGCAGUUCUCUCCACUGCUGUUAUCAAAGAUCAGGACGACACAAUCCCCAGAAAGGAUGAGAUCGUCGAUUCAGUGGAUAAUGCAAUCAGGUUGUUGAAGCGUCUCAAGACCCUUUCGAAGACAGCAAAGACAUCUCAUGACAUUCUUGUCAAGAUGGUUCAGAAAAUGCCUAGACGAUCAGCGCCACCACGUGAGACUGUGAAUCGCAAGAAGCAGCGAGUUGCUCCAGUGUCUCCGGCAGCAUCAGCUAUGAAUACUAGUCACGAUGUCGCGAUCAAACCAGAGGCUGGAUAUCAGCCAGAGCAGGAGUCACAGGAAAACUCACCGAGCUACUACGCCAGCUCUGAAGGUGCGCCCUCAGGAUCUACGCCGCAGAGUACGCACUCUUCUCAUGACAAGCAUGAGAACACUGGAUAUGUCACGAGCAACCAAGUCCCUGUCGAGGGAUAUGCGAAGCCCCAGGUUGCUUACAACAUGGGUAUCGUGCCUGGCCAAAUGCCACCUCAACAAGUCCCAUCACCAAGCGCCGGUAUCGAUGGCAUUGUCCAAGGAGGUCUUUAUGGCAUGCCACAUGCUGAUCAUACUGUGGCUGGCAUGGUUCCUCCAACAUACGUUGAUUUUCAUCCCCAGGAUCUCAAUAUCGAUUACGGUCUAGGCGAUAUCACUGACGUCGAUCUUGGAGACUUCUCGCAACUUUGGGAUUGGAGGAGCCUCAAUUUGGAUUUCAUCCAAAGCUCAACAUAGCGCCUUUUCUCUCUCUUCUUUUUUCACUUCAUAUAGUUGGUGUACAUAGAGAUGACUUGUCGUUCAUUGAUGAGGUAAUUUGACCAUAUCUUGAUUUUCUCAGCCUCUGUUGGAAUUUGUUGGAAUCGGUCUUUAAUGGGUUGGUUAAAAAUGCUUUGCUUAUAUUCUUCGGGCGGUUCAACUUUAUGAUUGUGGCCUUUUACUCAACACUGGAGCUUGGAUGCUCGGCGCGAUUCUUUAAGGGAUUGGGUUGAAGGACAACGAAGACUGUGCGAGGAUAUUGUAGUGUAGCCAAUACCAAGUCAAGUUUCUCAGGGGAAGUUUAGCUAUAUCCUAUUGCCCCGGUCUCUGAAAUUCUCGUCUGUCAACAUAUUUAUACAAUACGAAGAGAGACCCAUGUAAUCAAUCCAUUAAUCCAAGCUUCGCAUAGCC